AAGCCACUUUCUGGAAGAUACCAGAAACACUCGCUUCCUCGCAGUUCAUUCACUUCUGUGCCGUUGUUCCUUUCCUGUUCAAACUCUUUAGACACACCAACGAUGUCGAUCGUCCCAAUUGACGACAAUGAUCGGAGAAUCAACGCUUUUGAUCCGUUUUCUCUUGAUCUCUGGGACCCAUUCUUAGAUUUUCCUUACUUUCCCUCCUCAAUUUCCCGCGCUUUCCCGGGAUUGAACUUCGGAGCUUCGGUCAAUUCCCGUGUCGACUGGAGGGAAUCGUCCGAUACUCACAUCUUCAAGGCUUCUCUUCCUGGUUUUUCCAACGAAGACGUGCUGGUAGAGCUUAAAGACGAACGGGUUCUUCAGAUUAGCACUGAUAGUGGCAGCUUCAUAACCAGUUUCAAGGUCCCGGACAACGCAAAGCUCGACCAGCUCAAGGCCUUUAUGAAAAAUGGGGUUCUCACUGUUACUAUUCCUAAGGAGGAAGCUAGAAGGCCCGAGGUCAGAGUCGUCGAAAUUACUGGCGAGGACUGAGGUCUAUUUCGUCUCUUUUGUCUGAAUAAUAAUAUGUCUAGUUUAAUUGGGUUUUGUCCAAGCGUUAUUUGAGGUCAAUGGUUAAGUGGGUUUGUGUGUUUUUGUAAGAUAAUCUAUGAUAAUAAUGCUUUGCCGUUUUUGUUUUUGCCGGUGUAAUAUGUCAUUUGGUGUCAAAUUAUGUAAAAGGGAAUAGUAUUAUAGUGUAAUAGUACAUGAAGUGUUUUAGAA